AUAUAUAUUUCUAUGCAUACAGGUUGCUUGUGUGGGUUUUAGAAAUUGGAUUUGAAGGAAAGAAGAGCAGUAGUUAAGUAUGGAUUCUCACUACAAAUUCAACAGAGAACUAAAUCAGGUACUAUUUGAAGGAGAGUCAUUUUUCAGAAAGGUGAUACUGAAUAGACCAGACAAAUUAAAUAGCCUCAAUUAUGAAAUGAUUUCUCAAAUGCUAAAGAAUCUUAGAGACUUUGAGAUAGAUCCUUCUGUGAAAUUGGUGAUCCUGAAGGCAAAUGGAAAUGCUUUUUCUGUCGGGGGUGACCUUGUGGCAUCUUUUGGUUUCCUGACGACAGGACAUUGGAGUUUUGGAGCAAGAUUUGUCAAGAAACAAUUGAACUUGGAUUAUUUAAUUGCUACAUAUAGAAAACCUGUGAUUCCACUUAUUGAUGGUAUUGUAAUGGGAGGUGGUGCUGGAUUGUCAUUGCAUGGAAAGUUCAGGAUUGUGACUGAGAAAGCUGUAUUUUCCAUGCCAGAAGCAUCUAUAGGACAUUUUCCAGAUGUUGGGGCUUCACAUUUUCUUUCUAGGCUCCCUGGACAUUUUGGAGAAUAUUUGGGACUUACAGGAGCAAGACUGAAUGGAGCAGAAAUGCUUGCUUGUGGCUUGGCUACACAUUUUGUUGAAUCAAAGGAUUUGCCAUUGUUGGAAAAUGCACUUCAAGCACUAAUAUCAUCAGAGGAAAUAUCAAUUAAUGAAGUUAUUAACAAAUUUUCACAACAACCAAGAAUCAAGGAAGACAACAUUUAUAAUAGACUGGAUAUGGUCGAUAGAUAUUUUUCAAAAGAUACAGUUGAAGAAAUCUUACAUGCACUUGAAGAAGAGGCCAAAAACAAAGCAGAGAAUUGGAUCAUUAUGGCAAUGAAAUCCAUGAAAUCAGCUAGUCCAACAAGCCUGAAAAUUACUUUAAGAUCGAUUAUAGAAGGACGAAUGCAAACUCUAAAGCAAUAUUUCUGUAAGCCAAAGUGGGAGCCCUCAAAACUGGAACUCGUUAGCAAAGAAAUGGUGGAUCAUUGUUUUGCUGGUAUUGAUGAUGAUGACUGGAAAUAUCUGAAACUUCCAUGUUCAAGAUCUAACAGAUUAGAAGAGUUACUGAAGCCCAAACUCUAAAUGCUUAUGUAAAUUUUGAAAAUGUACAAUUACAAAUAGUUGUUAGUAAUUGUAAUAAUAUAAAAUAAGCACCUGAAUCGACAUUAUAUAUAUGUAAAAAAUGGGAUUAAUUAAUAUGUAUUAUAUGUAAUUUAUGAUUUUUU